GUUGCGCCUUCCCUGGGUCCCCUCUGCACGAUCGCGGGCCGCCGCUGGUGGUAACGCCUGCCUUGGGCGGGGGCCACGGAGCGCUCAGUCAUUACGUUUACGUAGACAACCUCGGGGUGAUAUGUGUUUGCGAGGCUGCAGUUGGCGAGGCGCUCGAGCGGCUGGAGGAGGGCUUCAACCGCGAGGGGCUAAUGCUUCACAAGUCGGAGCGGACACGCGGCAGCAUCAUCGCGCUUGGCACGGAGCUCGACGGGACGGCGCUGCGGACGCGGGUCACGCCCGAGCGCUUCUGGAGCAUAUACCAGUCGCUGGGCGCGCUGCUGCGGCGCCGUCGAGCCUGUGCGCGGGCGCUAGAGGUCGUCCUGGGCCACUGCGCGUUCGCCGCUCUGUGCUGCCGAGGCCUGCUAAGCAUUUUCCAUUCGGUAUAUGCCUUCGUGGAGCGGGGUCGCGCCUCGGGCCGAGCUGAGCCGCUGCGGGGCGAAUGCCGCUCCAAGCUGCAGGCCUUCAAGUCCCUCAUGAUCUUCAUGUUCAGUGACUGGCUGCGCUGCUGGAACGACCUGGUGGUCCAGACCGACAGCGGCCUCGAGGGGUACGCGGUGGCGCAGGCGCUCUGGCCCGCGCAGGCCGCACGGGAGGCGGGCCGCACCUCCGAGCGGCAGCGCUUCCGCCGCGUGGGCUCUCACCGAGCGCGAGAGAGUGCCCUCGAGGCAGCCGGCUUCAGUCAGCAGGCGGACGGCAGCUGGGCAGUCGCCGCCGCCGAAGGUUUUGAGGAGGGUGCCGCCUCCGAAGAGGCACCAGAUUGGGAAGUGGAUCUCUCGUUCCCCGAGGUGCCUGCUGGCCUUUUGAAGUCAGAUCUUUGGCGGCUGGUGAGAGUGCAGAAGUGGCAACGUUCUGAGGGGAUCUUGGUUAAGGAGGCUCGUGCCCUAGUCAAAGGCUUCAUUCGUGUUGUAACUAGCUCACAAGUGCGCGACGUGAGGCAGCUUCUGUUGUGCGACAAUAUGUCGGUCACCCUCGCCUUCGGCCGAAGCCGUGCCAAAAACUUGUUGCUGCUGGUUCAGAUCCGCGUUUUCCAGGCGAUGCCUCCCAGCAAGCGGCAGGCGACCCUACCACCGACGGAGCCUCGAUCAAGCAAGUGCCAGCGAGGGCACGUGAAGCUGGCCAACCAGAGAAAGGCCACCUUGCGGCCGCAGGAUGUCCAGCUGGUGCUGCGCGACAGGCUGAGCUGUCAACGCCAGGAGUUGACUCUCCCCGACAGCGAGGAUCGCCUGAGGCGCGAGCCCGCGCUGGCAGACGUCGGCGAGAGCAGCAGCACCGGCGACGAGGAGAGGGCGCUGAAACGGUACCAGACCGAGGUGGCGGGCUUCACGGACUUCGCAGGAGAGCGGCCGCUGGUGCGCGACGAGCAAGUCGACGGCGUGCUGGUGGAGUACUGCAACUUCCUCUUUUUCAAAGGCUGGGAUGCCAACAAAGGGGGGCAGAUCCUUGCUGGCCUGAUGUGCUUGGCGCCAGAGUUCUCGCGGGCUGGCCACCGCCAGCUCCCCCGGGCCUUUCGUUGCCUGAAAGGCUGGCGGCGCCGGGCCACUGGCCGCAGCAGGCGCAGCUGGCCCCUAGCCUUGCGGGCUGGAGUAGCCUGGAGGUUAGUCGAGCGAAACAUCUUGCAGAUGGCGGUCUUCCUUCUGGUCUCGCUCAGCAGCUACCUGAGGCCGAACGAGCUGAUGGGCCUCAAGGCGCGUGGCGUGAUUGCGCCUGCUGCUGGCAUCUCCCCGUUCUGGAGCCUGCUGCUCUUCCCUUCUCAGCAGAUCGAGCGGAGCAAGACCAACCUCAGCGACGUCAGCAUCGAGAUGGACUCGCCCUACUCGCAGUUCAUAGGCCCGAUCCUGAGGGUACUGGCCAGCGGGCCGAAGGACGAGGUGGUUUGGACCUUCACGUAUCCUCAGUAUCUCCAGGAGUUCAAGACCUCGCUGUCCGAGCUCGGCAUCACAGAGACGAUAGUGCCGUAUCAGACGCGGCACUCGGGACCGUCGAUCGACAUCGCAAGGAGGUAUCGGACGGUGGCCGAGGCACAGCGUCGCGGACAGUGGGCAAGCAUCAAGAGUGUCCAGCGGUACGAGAAGGGCGCCAGGCUGGGGGAGA